AUGGCUGAGGCACCAAAGAAAAAGCGGAUGAGCAGGUUAUGGAAGAAGUUCAAGGACUCGUUUAAGGAUCAAGGCCCGAUUGGCUCCUCUUCCUCAACAACAAGGGCAACAACAUCGACGCCUACAAAACCAGAACCGGCGCCGGAAACAUCGAAACCGGAAUCAGUGAAACCCACAAAGGAUUCAACUCCAGCAACGACGGACGCCGACAAGCGCUUAGAGAAGGCAAGGGCCAUAUUCAAGAAGUAUGAUUUCGAGUUCGACGAGGAGGAGUGGAACAAGGUUGAGCCAUCGAGGCAAGUGCAACGCGAAAGAGUCAACAAACCCAUCCGAAUGCGAGUCAAGUACACGUGUCACAACUGCAAGGCACAGUUCGGCCGGACGAAGACAUGCACCAGCUGUGAACACGAAAGGUGUAAAGACUGCACACGGUAUCCGCCAAAGAAGGACAAACCCAAGCUGACUCCCACCGAUCCUACUGAGGUUGACCCGGAACCUGGGACGGUACCAGCAACCACGAGCUAG